AUGUCAUCUCUAGAAGUCAUAAGGAACGAACUGAAGAAAUAUGGCCAAGAACAUGUGUUGCAGUUUUGGGAUGAAUUAUCCGAUAUAGAACGUGAAGAAUUGCUUUUAGAUUUGCAAGAUAUCAACGUGGCAGAGGUUACAGCUUUCUUUAAGAGGGCAGUGGCAACUCUUACCGAAGAUCAGGCGAAACUGGAUGAUCGUAUGCAGCCGAUCCCCUCCGAAUCAUAUGGUGCAGUGAUACGGGCCAAAGCGGAAGAUCUUAGGAACUACAAUGAAGAAGGACUUCGGCAAAUAUCGGAAGGUAGGGUUGGUGUCCUGCUGAUGGCAGGAGGGCAAGGUACCAGACUGGGUGUCACCUAUCCAAAAGGCAUGUAUGAUGUGGGAUUGCCAUCCCAUAAGUCUCUUUAUAGAAUUCAAGCUGAAAGGAUUCGUCGGCUUGAAGAACUUUCAUACCAGUUCACUGGUAAAAGAAGUAACAUUACAUGGUACAUCAUGACAAGUGAAGCAACAAUGGAACCAACAAGAAAAUAUUUUGAAUCAUAUGAUUAUUUUGGUUUAAAAGAAGAAAAUAUUGUGAUGUUUGAACAAGGUCUUUUGCCCUGCUUUACCUUUGACGGGAAAAUUAUAAUGGAUGAAAAAUACAAAAUUUCAAGAGCUCCAGAUGGAAAUGGUGGAAUUUAUCGUGCUCUCAGAGACAAACAUAUUUUAGAUGACAUGGACAAACGUGGAAUUAAAUAUCUGCAUGCACAUAGUGUGGACAAUAUACUAGUGAAGGUGGCUGACCCUGUGUUUAUUGGUUAUUGUGUCUGUCGAGGAGCAGAGUGUGGUGCCAAAGUGGUGGAGAAGGCUAAUCCUACAGAAGCUGUUGGUGUCGUCUGCAAAGUAGAUGGACGAUUUCAGGUGGUUGAGUACAGUGAAAUUACUCAGAAAACUGCUGAAAGAGUCGAUAAUGAUGGAAGACUAACUUUCAGAGCUGGAAACAUAUGUAAUCACUUUUUUACAACAGAAUUCCUUCACAAAAUAGCUGAGACUCAUGAAGCAUCUUUGACACUUCAUGUUGCAAAGAAAAAAAUUCCUUAUAUUGAUACAGAUGGACAGCGAUACAAACCAGAAAAGCCUAAUGGGAUCAAGAUGGAAAAAUUUGUGUUUGAUGUUUUUUCAUUUGCUGAAAAUUUUGUCACAUGGGAGGUAAGACGAGAAGAAGAAUUUAGUGCGUUGAAGAAUGCAGAUGGUGCCGCUAACAAGGACACUCCUACUACAGCCAGAGAAGACAUAUAUCGUUUACAUUACCGUUACAUCAUGGAUGCAGGGGGUAAAUUCUUGUGCUGCAAAGGUGCUCCACUUAUCUGUGAAAUUUCACCAUUAAUCUCAUUUGCUGGCGAAGGACUGAAAGAAUAUGUAGCUAAUAAAACCCUUACCAUUCCGUUCCAGCUUAAACACAGUUGUGAAGAACAUGCUUUUACUAAUGGUAGUAAUGGAACCAAUGGUACAAAUACAAAUGGCACUAAUGGUACAAAUGCCAUUAUUAAAGAGGUUCACUAA